AUGGCAACCGUGAUGUUGAUCAAUCGACGAGCAAAGGAGGAAUCAACGGUUGGUGACGAUGAGGAGGAAAUGGAAGGAGAUGCUACAUUGUUCUCUCUCGAGUCGCUGAGAGAGCUUGCGACCAAGGAUCUCAAGAGGAGACAAUGGAAGCCUACAUGGGGCAAACUCCCCCCAAAGAGAGAUCGUGUGCUCGAAGCGAAUCUGGACAAACAAACCAUCGACAUGACGUGGAACACCAGGUAUGUUGUGCUGACGGCACAACAUGUCUUCUUUGCUGGCAGCAGCAAGUCCGACAUCACCGACAUGAUCCCCUUACACGAGAUCACGAGCGUGCAGCGGCAAGAGCUGGACGCGCUCUUCUACGACAACAGAGGCUUGAAGUUGCAUCAGAUCAGCAGCAUCCGCGAGAUGGAACAGGAGAAGGUGCCGGAGGAAGAGCGCGCGCCUCGAGUUUCCGAGAGGAUCUUUGAGAUCCAGACCGUGCACGAUGGGUUCAAUAGUGGGAGGGCCUACACUCUGCGAGCAAGCGAACGAGAGGAAUGUGAGCUAUGGAUUGAGCAGAUUGAGAGGCUGCGAAAGGAGGAGAUUGAGAGACAGAAUCGUAUCAACUCCUCCUUCUUCACUUUGGCGAAAGUUUACUCGAAAGUUCUAUAUGACAUCCCUUUCUUUCAAUUCUUCGUCGCUUUUCUCAUCUUCUGCAACUUCAUUAUCAACAUCAUCAACUUUGAGAUCCUUCCGGAGAACGGAAGCUAUGCUGCUCACAUCUUUGAUGCUUUCGAGCUCUUUUUUCUCAUCAUCUUCACCUGUGAGCUCCUUCUCAACAUGACGGCUCACUGGUUCAAGGAGUUCAUCACUGACUCAUGGAAUGUCUUUGACUUCACCGUCGUCAUGAUCUCUCUCAUCUCUCUUGGCAUCGAGAACCUGCCGGGAGUCAGUUUGCUGCGUCUUGUCAGGACCUUCCGGGUCGUCCGUCUCUUCAAGCGCCUCCAGUCCCUCCGCGUCAUCAUUCAGUCGCUUCUCUCCGCCAUCAUCCCUGUGGCCAACGCGUUCGGCGUGCUCCUCCUCGUGUCCUCGCUCUUCUCGGUGAUGGCGGUGAUCAUCUUCGGGGAUUCUGACAAGGAGCUUUUCGGGUCGUUCUCGCUCGCUCUCUUCACGAUGUUUCAAAUCUCAACAGGCGAUGGCUGGGUGACAGACGUUGUUCGCCCCAUGAACACAGGGCAUCUGUCCCAUGACUUCGGGAUCAACUUCUUCUUUAUCUCUUACUUCCUGAUCACCAAUAUCGUCAUGUUGAAUAUCGUCGUUGCUGUUCUGCUCGAUGAGUUUGUGAAUACGCAAGAGCAAAUGAAGAAGGAGAAGCAGGACGUUGAAAUCGCACGGCAACUCAAGAUGAGCAAGGAUGGACCUCUCGACCCUCUUCUGCGAGAGCUCGCGAGCUUCAAGUCUGUGCAGGAUCUGCACGCUAGGAUCCACUCCAUCUACGAGAAACUUGACAUAGACGGCAACGGGCGCAUCUCCUUCCAGGAGAUGAGCGAAGGGCUCAGAAAGUUGUGGCUCCAUCACACCGCUAAAGAGGUUUUGACGAAUACCGCUGCUGCUGCUGCUGCCGCUGCUGCUUCUGCCGCCGCUGCUGCCGCUGCUGCUUCUGCCGCUGCUGCUGCCGCUGCUGCUUCUGCCGCUGCUGCUGCCGCUGCUGCUGCCGCUGCCGCUGCCGCUGCCGCUGCCGCUGCCGCUGCCGCUGCCGCUGCCGCUGCCGCUGCCGCUGCCGCUGCCGCUGCCGCUGCCGCUGCCGCUGCCGCUGCCGCUGCCGCUGCCGCUGCCGCUGCCGCUGCCGCUGCCGCUGCCGCUGCCGCUGCCGCUGCCGCCACCACCACCGCUGCUGCUCUGCUUUUGCUCUUUCUGCAUGUUUCAGAUGUCGUCGUUACGAUAUUGCAGAUCUACUUGUCUCCCGAUGACUUCAACUUGAUCUGCAUGGGCCCGCACGGGAAAUUCAGCAACGACGAGGGCGAACUUGGGUAUGAGGAUUUCCAUCAUAUGAUAUGGCACCAGCUCCUCCUUUUUGCACAGCGGCAGCUCGCUGCUGGCAUCCUGAAGGACGCAGAGAAUCAUCACGGCGCAGGUUUCGCUUCCAUGCUGGGCUUGAAGCUGAUGAUGCUGAUGAAUCAUCCGGACCUGCUCAAGGUCAGGAGGAAGCCGGACUCUCGUUUCCCAGACAAGCUCACAGCCAACGGACUGGCUGCUGAUCACCAAACCAGCCAGUCCCUCGAGGAGGAGGAAGACCAUCCUAAUGCAGCUUCGUCAGAGCCAUCGCCUGUCAAGGAGGAGGAGGAGGAGGAGGAGGAGGAGGAGGAGGAGAGGAGGGGAGGGGAGGAGCUUCGCCCUGGCGGUUCAGAGGUGGAGCAGUUGAGAAGUCAAGUGAAAGAGCUCACCAGCCGCUUCGACGAGCUGCAGCAGAGAAUUGAUCGAGUGAACGAGCAUGCAGAGGACGUGAAAGAUCUUCAUGCCAAGAUGGAUCUUCUCCUGAACAUCUUCGGCGUCAAGGGGAAGGGGAGCUGGAAGGAGGAGGCUCGCAGUCAGCACCCAGAAGGGGAGGAGCCUGUGGACACAACAACCAAGGACCUGACGGCUCAGCUUCGAAUCGGACCGGACGAGGAGAGAUCAACCUUCCGCAAGCGCCAGGGCAGCUUCACGCACAGAUGA